GUUCGUUCAGGUUGUAUCGUCCAUCCUGCUUUUACCUCCACCGAAACUAACAUCGAAAAAUGAUUGGAGCACCCACACGGGUAAUUCAGCUCGCAAAGGAAAAAAGCCAGAAAAUCAUUGCCUCUAAAUCCGAAAAGUUCUCCUACAAGAUCGAAAAGUUCCUCACCGUCUACCAGGGCUACAAUCAGAUCAAACCGAAAAUAUUCCCCAAACGACUGGCGACGAUGUUUUCGACCGAUGUGGUCGCCACCGAGGACAAACGAGAUUACUUCAAUCAGCAAUCAUCCCUGGCGGCGACUUCCUCUCUGAGACGGCAUCAACGAGAGAGGGGUCUCCGGGAAGGGGACAUCGAUACCAGCAGUAAGAUAAGGAUCGUAUUACCAGCAGCAGCUCAAAUAAAUCGACCGGCCACAUCACCGACGCUCACUCUACGAUCGCUCGUUGCGCCACGCACAAGAAAGUCUACCACCGGACCGAAAACUCCCACCAGAAUAGUGUUGACCAACCCGGAAAGGGGUAACGAAGCCAUAAUUUGCUCGAGUGUAGUGCUCACCUAUCAGGAGGGGUUGUUUCGUCACGACAAGGAUAUGGUUCGAAGGGAUAGCGAUGUAUGAAGUGUUUAUUUAACGUAGGACAUAAUUUAAGUGAAAAAUGUGUAUUAUUGUAAGCUUUUUUUAUCAUUGUUUCAUCCAACGAGCAAGAAAAGAUUAACGCGAAAAAAAUAACUCAUCAAACCAGAAAUGACACUAAUUCGAUUUGCUUUACAUUUUGUCCGCGAAUACGAACGCGGAAUGCUAAACCGUUGUUGCAUUUCACCACCCACGUUUAUCAGUGAUGCAAAUCCCCUGACUUCGAUGGUGGAAAAUAUUAUCAUGGACCGUCAAAGAUGAAUAUAAAAGCAAAAGUUCGAUCCAUGUUGCCAAUCAGUCAUCGUUCGGGAUUGCUCCUGGGAAACAGGCGAAGUUUGGAUAACACGUUCCUCCAUCAAACUUCCCGGUCACAGUUCUCAGCUCAAGAUGGCUCGUCUCACGCUGUCGAUCUUGACCACCCUAAUUAUCUACUUUGCAUAUCAGGCCCUGGUCAGCGAAGCCAUAUCCACCAGUGACAGUAGCAGCAGCAGCAACAACCGUGGUUCUCAAUCUACCAGAAGCAGUGAAACGGUAGAAAACCUGCUGAGCCAGGAUGAUGGAUUGAGCAAACUGCAAACUGCGUGGUUAAAAAAUGCCCUCAAUCGGAGAUCCUUCGGGACCCCAGCAGCUGUGGGGCAGAUUGGAACGUACACCGUGCUUCGGAGAUCGCCCUCGGUCGGAGCGGGAAGUUAUCUAGCUGAUCUCAACUUCGUCGAUGACGAGGACGUGGAAAAACGGUUCGACGAUUAUGGACAUAUGCGCUUCGGGAAACGUGGCGGCGGAGGUGACCAGUUCGAUGACUACGGUCAUAUGAGAUUCGGGCGGCGGUAAAUUGGUAGGCAGUGCGGUAGCGUGGCGUGGUGUCGUCGUUCUCGUCUUCGUCUUCAACUCGUCUUAUUGUGCAACUCUUUGUGGCGGCUGGUGACAUCUCUUCGUUUGGGUUUUAAAUGCGAACAACAUAAGUAAAUAAGAAGAUAAUAACAAAAAUGUGGAAUUCAUCUGAAUAAAAUGUGCUGAA